UGUGACUGAGCAAACAGCAAAGUGAACAAACAAGUGUGAUUCAGUGUGACAGUGAUUGUGAAGUGAUAUCUUGUUGUGAAAUAAAUGUGAUUAUAAAAUGGGACCACCAAAGAAAUUUAAAAAGGAUAGCGGUAAAAGUGAUAACAAAUGGAAACGUAAAAAUAAGGAUGAAGAUGAAUGGGGACCGGGCACGUCUGGAACAAUUGAAGAAGACGAUACAUUAGAUACGGGCGGAGAAUCUGGUGUUCCUGGCGCAGCGGUACGUAAUGCUGAGGCCAAUGAUCAAGAUAUACAAGAGGAUGAAUUCGGUGCGAAAGAUUACCGAUCUCAGAUGGUAUUAAAACCGGAUAAUGCAUCAAGACCGAUUUGGGUCGCACCGAAUGGGCACAUUUUCUUGGAAUCAUUUUCACCAGUUUACAAGCAUGCUCAUGACUUUCUAAUUGCAAUAUCGGAGCCAGUUUGUCGACCUGAACAUAUCCAUGAGUAUAAGUUAACGGCGUAUUCGUUGUAUGCGGCUGUGAGUGUUGGUUUACAGACCCACGAUAUUAUCGAAUAUUUGAAGAGGUUAAGUAAAUGUUCAGUUCCCGAGGGAAUUAUUGAAUUCAUUAAAUUAUGUACAUUAUCGUAUGGUAAAGUGAAAUUAGUUUUAAAACAUAAUAAAUAUUAUGUGGAAAGUCCAUUCCCGGAAGUUUUACAAAAAAUAUUGAAAGAUCCCGAAAUACAAAAGUGUCGUUUACGUCGAAAUGUCGAUGAACCUGAUUCCGAAGAAUUUAUUACACAAAUUCAGGAUAAAAAAAAUAUUCCCGCAUUUGGACAAAAAGUUGCUCCAAAUACUGCCACCACAAGUGCAGAUCCGAAUAAUCCUGAUGCGGCUGCCAAACCGGUGCCAGAAGAUAUAACAAAUUUCUAUGAUAAAAUCGACAAAGACGAAGAAGACGAAGAUGAGUCAAGCUUAAAAACCGUAUCGUUCGAAGUUGAUCAAGAGAAAAUUGAAGUAUUACAGAAACGUUGCAUUGAGCUGGAGCAUCCAUUACUCGCUGAAUACGAUUUUCGUAACGAUACCAUCAAUCCUGAUAUUAAUAUUGAUUUGAAGCCAUCAGCCGUGUUGCGACCGUAUCAAGAGAAAAGUUUACGGAAAAUGUUCGGUAAUGGUCGAGCACGAUCCGGGGUCAUUGUUCUACCAUGUGGCGCUGGAAAAUCAUUGGUGGGAGUGACCGCUGUUUGUACGGUUCGCAAACGGGCUCUGGUUUUAUGUAAUUCGGGUGUUUCAGUCGAACAAUGGAAGCAACAGUUUAAAAUGUGGUCAUCAGCCGAUGAUAGCAUGAUAUGUCGUUUCACCUCCGAAGCCAAAGACAAACCAAUGGGUUGCGGUAUUCUAGUGACCACAUACUCAAUGAUAACACACACACAACGGCGAUCAUGGGAAGCCGAACAAACAAUGAAAUGGCUUCAGGAACAAGAAUGGGGUAUCAUGGUUCUGGAUGAAGUACACACCAUACCGGCAAAAAUGUUCCGUCGUGUUUUAACAAUUGUACAAUCACAUUGUAAACUUGGUUUAACGGCCACGUUGUUACGUGAAGAUGAUAAAAUUGCCGAUUUAAAUUUUUUAAUUGGUCCAAAAUUAUACGAAGCCAAUUGGUUGGAACUACAAAAACGUGGUUUUAUCGCUCGCGUUCAAUGCGCCGAAGUUUGGUGUCCAAUGACUCCAGAAUUUUAUCGCGAAUAUUUAGUUUGUAAAACGAGUAAACGAUUAUUAUUGUAUGUCAUGAAUCCGAGUAAAUUCCGAGCUUGUCAAUAUUUAAUCCGGUAUCACGAACGGCGCGGGGAUAAAACAAUCGUCUUCAGUGAUAACGUGUUCGCGUUAAAACAUUACGCUAUCACAAUGAAUAAACCGUUUAUUUACGGACCGACAACGCAAAAUGAACGAAUCCAAAUUCUACAAAAUUUUAAAUUUAAUCCAAAAGUGAAUACGAUUUUUGUGAGUAAAGUAGCGGACACAUCGUUUGAUUUACCGGAAGCCAAUGUUUUGGUACAAAUCUCAUCGCAUGGGGGGUCACGGAGACAGGAGGCACAACGUCUUGGACGGAUUUUACGUGCGAAAAAGGGUGCUAUCGCGGAAGAGUAUAAUGCGUUCUUCUAUACGUUGGUAUCGCAGGAUACGAUGGAAAUGAAUUACUCGAGGAAACGACAACGGUUUUUAGUGAAUCAAGGUUAUAGUUACAAGGUUAUUACAAAACUAGCUGGCAUCGAUGAUGAGCCGGAUUUACAUUAUAAAACGAGGGAGCAACAGGGCCAGCUGUUACAACAGGUACUAGCAGCCAGUGAUAUUGAUUGUGAAGAUGAACGUAUCCCUGGUGAAGGAGGCCAACGGUCUGGUGGUGCAUUUCGUAGACAUGGUGGUAUCUCCAGUAUGUCAGGAGCAGAUGAUGGUGUAUUCUAUGAACAUCGUAAAUCGAAUUAUUCUGGAAAUAAGCAUCCAUUAUUUAAGAAAUUCCGUUGUUGAAUUUGUUUUUUUGUAAAGUGUGAUAUUUAAUAAAG